AUGACAUGCAUUAAAGUUGAUAUUAAUCCUGCUGAAAAUAUGGUCCGGAUUUGGAAUGAUGGGAAAGGUUUGGGUAGAAAAUAUGACAAAACCACUGAGCCAAAAAUUUCAGCUGACAAAGGAGAAGACUUCACAUGUAUCACAUUUUAUCCUGACCUUACGCGCUUCGGUAUGACUGAACUGGAAGAGGACACUGUAGCAUUAUUUACUCGUCGAGCUUACGACAUGGCCGCUACUUGCAGCGGUGUAAAGGUUUUUCUUAACGGCAGGCGACUUCCAAUAAAGGGAUUUUUAGAUUAUGUAAACCUCUUCAUCAAACCCACAAAGGAUGACGGGGACGGUGUUAAAGUUGUAUAUGAAUCGGCCAAUCCACGAUGGCAAGUUGCGGCAGCUGUCAGCAACACUGGUUUUCAGCAAGUCAGUUUUGUUAACAGUAUUGCAACGACUAAGGGUGGGACGCAUAUUUCUUAUGUCAGUGAUCAAAUUGUGACCAAGUUAAUGGAAAUUGUGAAAAAGAAGUCCGGAAAAUCUGGUGUUCAAAUUAAACCAUUCCAAAUAAAAAACCACAUGUGGUUGUUUGUUAAUUGUCUGAUAGAAAACCCAACAUUCGAUUCUCAAACCAAGGAAAAUAUGACGUUGAACAUAAAAAGUUUUGGAUCUACGUGUACUCUGAGUGAGAAGUUCAUUGGACAGGCUUCAAAGUCUGGUAUAGUGGAGAACGUUCUUUCUUGGAUAAAAUUUAAAGCAAUGGAAAAAAUGGAUAAGCAGUGUCACAAAUCGAAGCAUUCUAAGCUCAAGGAAUCCCCAAGUUGGACGAUGCUAAUAAUGCGGGUACUAAAAACUCAUCUCAGUGUACCCUUAUUUUAA